AUGAGUGCUAUUCCUGACUUCGGGGCUUCGAUUCCGAAAAAAUUCAAGUCUGCUUCGAUGGGUGAUAUCCCCGCAUUGGAUAUGAAAGCUUCGUUUAGAAUGGUUGUGCUCGGUCCAAGCUUUUCAGGAAAGAACAAUCUUUGUAUGUUUAUUCUCAAGCAUUCUCCUCACGUAUUUGCUCAUCUAACUAUCAUUGCUCGUAAUCCCCAUCAGGAGCUUUAUGAGUAUCUCCGGGAAAAGUUGGAGGGAUUCAUCACAUUUGCUGACCCAGAUAGCCCUCCUAAAGUAGAUCAGGUGCGUCAUACUCCAUUAAGCUCUAACAAACCGGAGCUUGUAAUCAUCGAUGACUAUAGCAAUGAUAAACUACUUCAGAAGAAUAUCUUCUCUCAUUACUAUACACGUGGGCGACACUUUAAACUCUCAACCAUAUUCCUAAGGCACAGCUACUUUGUCACUGAUAAGAUGAUUCGGUUGAAUUCAGAGUACGUAGCGAUUGUAAAAGCGAAUUCGAAGCGUGAUUUACAGAUGGUUAUGCUGUUCGUGGAUUCAGUCAAAGGUCAAAUCAGAUACAACUUUGAUCGACCGAUAGAUAUUGAGCAAUAA